AUGCAGGCUGGGAAUGCUGUGGAGCCCACCGGGUCACAAUUAGUAGAAGUCAUAGGGCUUCUUACAGAACCCUCUUUUCACAUGGCUGUGUACGCAGCAGAGGCUCUGAGGAGAAAUUUUCCAGACAAGAUUGCAGAGCCUAAAGUGCUUCCUCUGCUGCAAUUUGCAUGGGAUGAAUAUCUACAGGAGAAAAAACGGGAACUGAGAGGGGAAACAUGGGAAUAUCCUUCCAAUGUGAUGUGCUUUGUUGAUGGCCAGCUCCUUGGAGAUGAAAAAAUCUUGCUAAAGUGGGCUUUUGAUGUUUGGGAUUAUAAAGACUUUAAACCCACCACACUUUAUGAAGCUAUUACACAGGAUUUCCUCACCAAAUACAUGAGAAGCAAAAAGCACGUGUUUGUAUUUUUUGAGAUAGCUAUUCAGGAGUCACCUAUCGGAAAAUUGGUGUUUGAGCUUUAUUCUGAUAUCUGUCCCAAAACAUGUCGAAACUUUCAAUGUUUGUGUACAGGAGAGAAACAGUUGCCUGAAUCUGGGCUGGCACUCUCUUACCGAGAUUCUAUCUUUCAUCGACUAGUAAAAAAUGGCUGGAUACAAGGAGGAGACAUACACGGAGGAAGAGGGGAUGGAGGCGAGUCGAUAUAUGGGCCUAUCUUUGAAGAUGAAAAUUUUGCAGUUCCCCAUGACCGGCGGGGAGUUCUUGGAAUGGCCAACAAAGGACGCCACAGUAAUGGGUCCCAGUUCUACAUCACACUACAACCAGCUCCUUACUUGAACGACAAAUAUGUGGCCUUCGGACAGGUGAUUGAGGGCUCAGACGUUCUCCAGCGACUGGAAGCAACAAAUACUUUAAAUGAGAGGCCAGUUGUAGAAUGUAAAAUCAUUAACUGUGGAGUUUUUCAGCCAUGACUAUGAAUAGUAGAUUUAUGUAGUCUUACUGAAAUGUAUCAUUAUGUUGCUUUCUGAUCAUGGGAUUUAUGGUUCUGAAAAAUGCUUGGCAAAUAAAAAGUAUACUUUUCACUUUUA